AAAUAAUGUACACAAUGCCAAUGCCAAUACACUGAAUACAGAUUCUAGUCUGUACAUCUAGAUAUUUAAAAUAUAGUGAGUGAAAUGAAUUAUUAAAAGACAAUCACAAUGACUGACAGUAAACUUUCAACGCUGUCAUCCCCAAGAGCUGCAGAUCAAAGAAUAAUAUCCCUUGUGAAGCAGAUUUCUGAAAGUAAAGACAGAAAAGUGCCUAGUCUUCUGCUUGCAUUAAGACCCAUUAUUAAAGAGUAUCCUGCCAACACACAGGUUGGCAUUAAACGCAGACAGGAAAUAUGGCAAUACAACCUUCUCAAGGUGAUGAUUUUAAUUCUGAAGCAAGACUUUGCUGUCAUCGAGGGUGAAUGGGAGACUGCAUCAGAGUUGGCAACACUUUUAAGUCAUAUAAUAGUAGGAUUAGUUCUAGACAAAAAUGACAAGCGACAAUUGGAAACCGACCAUCUGCCUAAGAGUGUUGAAAGUAUUUUGCUGCUUGCUCGGCACAUAUCAAAUAUACUUACAGAAAAAUCACCAACUCAGAGACUGGAGCAAUCAAACCUAUCAGUCAACUUAAAGCAAGUCUUUGAUGCAUUGCUUCGGCUGUGUUCAGGGCACAUCAACUUGAUUGGUGAAGUGCUAACAUCUCAAUGGUUGUUGCUCUUGCUGGUAUCUGACAGUCCUCAAGUGGCUAAUUUUACUAUGGAAACCAUGGAAAAACUUCUUAGAUUGGACCCGCAUGCAUUGCACACCCUAGAGGAGUCUACAGUCUUCACAUUGCUUGAUGAACUUAUUUAUAAACUGACAGUCAACACUGAUAAAUCUCUUGCUCAAACAGCUUGUAGAUGUUUGGUCAAGUUCUGUGAAAGUAGUAACAAGAUAGUUCAGUCUCUUGGCACUAGAUAUAUAGGCCUAAGACCAUUGUUGAGGAGAUGGGAUGCCAAAGGUUUUGACAGAGAUCUGCGUCACAUCAUAUUAUUACUUGAGUCUGGCUCUGUUGUUAAAGCUAAAAAUCAGCGCCAACAAGAAUGUGCUAAAUAUAUUCAGGCAAUCUGGAGAGGUUACUCUGCUAGGAAAAAGUUGCGUAGGGCUGAUCAUGCUUUUGCCAAGUUUCAGAAAUCUUACAGAUUGAAGAAAGCCAAAGAGGAACAAGUGAAGCUUCAAACACAAUACCAGUCAGAGCUGUAUCAUCAGAUGAAGAUGAGACGGCAACAGCUACUUAGAACCUUAGAUGAAAAAAGAUUGAAAGCUUUGGAGAUCCUGCCUGCUUCUCAAGUUGAAAAAUAUUUACAAAAGGAGAAAUCUGUAGCAGCUACACGCAUACAGACAUUGUGGAGAGGUCACAGAGAAAGGUCAAAGUUGACACAGAGACAGAUGGUAGCGAGGCAAGUCCAUGCUGCUAUCAUAAUCCAGCGAGCAUAUCGCAAAUGGUUGGAGAAAGCAUCCAUCUCUGACCAGGCUUUCCCUACAUAUCUGAAACCUCAAGGUCUAACAGACAUAAGAAGAACAGAACUGACGAAACAGAUCAAUGAGUGGAAUGAACAGAACCCUACCAAAAUUCAGACACAAGAAGAAUUAGAAGCCAUUCACAAAAGAGCUCAGGAAUUGUUAGUCAGACAUUAUCAGAACAUCCGUCCAUAUAGGAAGCUAGAAUAUCAGUGUGAAAAUAUGAUGGCAAGACUGGAUACAGAUAUGGAACUUAUUCAAUUGGCUCCCAGGUUGCAAGAUGUUACCCAGAAGGACAUUGACAUGUACUCCAGCAGGUCACUUCCUGUUGCCACUGUUGCCAAGCAACAGCACAAUGAGACUCUGAGAAGGCUGCAACAGCCUUGGUGGAAAGUGCUGGGGAUGGAGGAAGUUGAGGUCAAUGAGGACGAGAACGACAGGAUCAAGGCAGAAAUAUUUCUGGAUAACCUGGGCAUUUGAGACCUCUGCUGCUCCACACAAUUAGACUUGAUGCACUAUAGUCUCAGUUCAUUAAGUACUACAGUUCUUUAUAAAGUAAUGAUAGGCUCAAGGACCAAUAGAUAGUGAUUGGUGUCACUUAAAAAUAUAAUAAAAAGAAUCUUUCCUUUUUCUCAAUUAAAACAUUGAAGAGGGUAGACUGUUAAAUUGUAUAGUGUAGCUACUUGCACUAUGCCUUGUAUCUGUGAUAUUAGUAAAUUAUUAUUAUUAAAUUACUAUGGUGUAGCACAACUAAUAUGCUAUAAAUAUGCUCAGUGCACUCACUUUUGAAGACCUGUGAGAGGGAUGGGGUAUAUUGGAGAAGGUUUCCAUGCUGCCUUUAGGAGUUUAACAAACAGCUCAGCGUCAUCCACGAUUCAAACUUGAGCCCCUUGAUAGUUAGCCAAGCAGUUGAUGCCUGUCAUCCACACAUCCCAUUAGGCACUCAAAUAGUCUCCAGAUAAGGUCAUUUUUUUAAGAGGAUCUAUUAACUCUUUCUCUCUGUAAUUAUUUUUCCACGUUCUGAUGGAAUUUUCCAUUUUGCUCAUUUCUAUUUCACUACCCUGUUAUGAUAAAACUUUAAUCACUUUUUUGUUAUCAUAAACUCUUCAUAUUUGGUAUGCAAUUAAAGGGGAAUGCACACUCUCUUUACUUAAAAUAAAUUGAUGCUUAUAAAACUGAAAUGAAUUUUUUUUUUUUUUUGGAUAAUGGAAUAAAAAAAAAAUCUUACCAACUGUGUACAAGUCUCUUUAGAUCCGGACUGGAUCUAGGCUAUAUUGUUUUAUACAAAUUGAAGUAAAAGUAUCUUUUAUCUUAGUUAUUCAUCAUAGUUAUUUAUGUUUUCACAAAACUUAAUGUAUAACAUAUAUAAAACAUUUAAAUUAAUUGUAUUGAACUCAUUAUCAUGUCUUUGUAUCAUGUUCAAAAUUAAAAAAUAGACCCUUUUUUUUAGCCCCCACACUUUAAAAACAUCACUUCUAAUAAAAACAUUGAAAAGUUUACAAAUUAGAAGCAAUUAAAAACAUUUUGGGAGGAAAGAAAACAAAACAACUCACUUUUUAAACCACAACGAUAAUAUCAUCAAUUCAGCUAAAAAAAACAAAAAUUUAUGGUCAAAUCAACCGGCUUUGUUGAUUAGGAGAGAAAGAGUUGGAUCAAACAUGGUUGAAUUUUGCAAAUCUGAAAGAAGUGGUAAUUAUCUGUAGCCAUUAUAUGAGGAAAGGCUUGUGUGUUGGUGGCUAUAAUGUUUGUUAGAAUGUGUCUUGUACUCUUGAUUAGAACAGAAAAAAAAAACUCUAUUUGGCUAACAGCUUAUCAAAAAAAUGAUCUAAGACAAAUUACAUAUUUUAUUUUAAUUACAGAUUGUCAAAUAUUUUUACUUAUUGCUUAAAUACAUGCCUAUGAUACUGUCACUUAUUCACUACAGCUGCACCUAUAUUAAAACAAUCAUACAACUGUUUACUUUUAAUGAAAACUUAAAUCCACUAUCAGUCCAUUAUUUUGGAUAAAGCUUUUAACUACCAUUUCAAUACUUAAAUGUGUCCAUUUUUUUUUUCACUUUGUAUGUUGUUUAGACAGUAAGACGUAGCAGAGUAGUGAAAAAAAAAAAUGAAAGAAGGUAUAUUCUAAUGCUUCUUAAGAUUUGAUCUAAUUUGAAGAAUGUCAGAUAUUAUUUUAUUUUAUUUUUAUUGUGUAUGCUCAAUAUAAAUGCCCCUAUCGUUGUCACUUAAGAAUAGCAAUACCUUUCAAAUGAUAUAUAGAUAAGUUAAAUUAUUCUUGAUAUGGAAAAAAAAGACUUUUUAUUCCAUUUAUUUGACAUGAUAAGAUGUAUACAUUUUUUCUUUUUUUUUUACAUGUUAAGAUGUAUACAUUUCUUCUUUUUUUUUUACAUGUUAAGAUGUAUACAUUUCUUCUUUUUUUUUUACAUGUUAAGAUGUAUACAUUUCUUCUUUUUUUUUUUUACAUGUUAAGAUGUAUACAUUUCUUCUUUUUUUUUUUAGUAUGAUUGUAUUCAUGUAGUCAAGGAUGGCAGCAAAAAGGACAUAGUUUUCAGUAGUUGAAAACAAAUUCAAAGACA